UUCACCUCCUGAUCAAAGAUGGAUAUUCAAAUCUCAGCUUUUCUUCUGUUCGUUCUUUUCACUGCAGGACACUCUCUCAGCUGCUAUCAGUGCAGGAAUGAUACGAGUUCUUGUGCGGAUCCUGGGAAUAUAACAUGUCCCAGUGGAUAUUCCAAGUGCAUGAAUGUAACAACAGUAUGGAAAGUUGGUUCAACUAAAGUGAAUGGUAGAUAUUGUGCUGGUAACUGUACAAGUGGGUCGAUGAACAACGGGUUUGCACAGGUUUCUUAUUCCUGCUGUGACACUGACCUUUGUAACGUCACAUAUGCUCCAGAUCCCAGCACUAACACUACCAAUGGAAAGAAAUGUUACUAUUGUGAUGCUCAGAAAUGCUCAAACACAGUGAACUGUUCAGGGAGUGAAGACUAUUGCAUUUCAAUGACAGUGAAUUACAACAAACCAUGGCUUCUAAAAGGCUGUGUCUCUAAAUCUAUUUGUGAUUAUGCCAACAUAUCUUUUAGUAGUGUUUAUGGCAUCUCAUGUUGUGAGGGGGACUUGUGUAAUGGCAUUUAUAAUGUCACCCAGAACAUCACCCAGAACGUCACACAGAAUGUCAUCCAGAAUGAUAUACAGAACAUCAUUCAAAACAUCAUCCAGAACUCAAUCCAGAACGUCCCCCAGAGCGUGACUCAGAGCGUCCCCCAGAAUGUCACUCAAAACGUCACUCAAAACUUCACUCAGGGCGUCACUCAGAGCGUCACUCAGAAAGUCCCCCAGAGUAGUAACAGUGCUAAGAGUAUCACCCAGGGCUUCAUGUUAUUAUUGAUUGUUAACUUAAUUAAGUAAAAAAUCAAUAAUAAAACAAGAAGCAAAUUUUGAGCAGUAGGAUAAAUAGACUUUUACUAUUACUAACAGAUAACUAUUGUCUGUUGUUGAUUGGUAGACACAUCUUUUCUUAUGACGUGUGUGCAUGAAAAAAAAAACAUUUUGGAAAGUGAAAAAACAGUUUUGAAUGCAUUGUUUGCUGUUGCUAGAUUUGUAUGUUAGUGUGUGUGUGUGUUUGGUUUUGUGUCUAGCAUUAUGGGACAAUUGUAUGGAGCUAAUUUUGUGCCAACAUUCAUCAAAC